AUGCAGUUCCCCUUAUCGGGUGAUCUACACACACUGCUCAACGCAGUUAAUCUUGAAAUGCCUCAAAUUGCCGAGCUAGCAGUGACCAAAAGCACCUUGACAGAGCUGAAUCUCGUGGGCUACGAGGGUUGGAGUCCACUGUCAUUAGCGUCUUCCAAAGGUUCUAGUGCUCUUGUAGCGUCUUUGCUGCAAGCAGGAGCCGACCCAAACCUCGCAUGCUCCCCAUCAACUCUGCCGUUACAUCUUGCUGCGUACGGGGGAUUCCUGGAAGUCAUACGGAUAUUACUGGAUUUUGGCGUGGACCCUAAUUCAAGAGGUGUGUUUUACAUGAAGCCAUCGCGCAUGCUGGAUCAAGGUGCCGAUGUCAACGAGGGUGGAGAUUUUAGCAAUGCACUUCAAGCCGCAUCCUUAGAAGGCCAUAGAGAGGUGGUACAGAUGCUGCUGGAUCGAGGUGCCGAUAUUGACGCUCGGGGUGGACGGUAUAGUGCACUUCAAGCCGCAUCCUCAGGAGGCCAUAAAGAGGUGGUCCAGAUGCUCCUAGAACAAGGCGCCGAUGUUAACGCCCAGGGUACGAAGUACGGCUAUGCACUUCAAGCCGCAUCCUUAGGAGGCCAUAAAGAGGUGGUCCAGAUGCUACUAGAUCGAGGUGCCGAUGUCAACGCCCAAGGCCCAGUUAGUGGCAACGCACUUCAAGCCGCAUCCUCAGGUGGCCAUAAAGAGGUGGUCCAGAUGCUACUAGAACGAAGGGCCAAUGUCAAUGCCCCAAGUGGAAAGUACGGUAACGCACUUCAAGCCGCAUCCUCAGGAGGCCAUGAAGUGGUAGUCCAGAUGCUCCUAGAUCGAGGCGCCGAUAUCAACUCCCAGGAUCAAGUUGGUGACAACGCACUUCAAGCCGCAUCCUCAAGAGGCCAUGAGGUGGUAGUCCAGAUGCUGCUAGAACGAGGCGCCGAUGUCAACGCCCUAGGUGGAAAGUAUGGCUCUGCACUUCAAGCCGCAUCCUCAGGAGGCCAUAAAGAGGUGGUCCAGAUGCUGCUAGAUCGAGGUGCCGAUGUCAACGCCCAGGGUCGAUCGGGUAACGACGCACUUCAAGCCGCAUCGUUAGGAGGUUAUAAAGAGGUAGUCCAGAUGCUACUAGAUCGAGGUGCCGAUGUCAACGCCCAGAAUAAAGUUGGUGACAACGCACUUCAAGCUGCAUCCUUAGGAGGUCAUAAAGUGGUGGUCCAGAUGCUACUAGAACGAGGCGCCAAUGUCAAUGCCCCAGGUGGAAAGUACGGUAACGCACUUCGCGCCGCAUCCUUAGGAGAUCAUAAAGAGGUGGUCCAGAUGCUCCUAGAACGAGGCGCCAAUGUCAAUGCCCCAGGUAGAAAGUACGGCUAUGCACUUCAAGCCGGAUCAGCAAAGGGACAUAAAUAG